ACCGUCAGCUGGGAACUGUCAAACGCAAGCAGCAAACUUAACGAUAACAAAACAAUAAUAUUGCUGUGCUACAUGAACUCUUUGGCGGGAGGAAAAAUGAGACAUCGCGAAUGGAGAAAACUGUUCAAGAAAAGGCGACGUAAAACAAUACGUCAAAAGGCUGCACAAGCCCAGGAACGGCUAGAAGCUGAGGACGAAGAACUAAAAUUGGCUUGUCCACAGUACCAAUCGUAUCUUGUUGAGAAGGAGCGCCAGGAACAAAUUGCAGCAAACCGAGAGGCACUAGAAAGUGCUCUUAAAAAUGCAAUUUGGUUAGAAGAGGAACACAAAGCUCAGCUUAAAUUUGAGGCAUUGCGCAGGAAACAGGACGCUAAAGAACUUGAAGAACAAGAAAAAAAGGAAAAGAUACGGAAAGAAUUCGAGGAACGUGAAGGUAAAGUUAAGAAAGCUAAAGCAGAACGUUUGAGGCAACAAGAACUCUUACGUCGAAUGCUGUACGAGCGGCAAGUGAAAUUGCAAGAAUUUGCUGCAACCGGUGUUGAUGAAUAUCUGAAUGAACUGCAAAGCAUACACAACACACGGAUCGAUGCGGAGGACUGUAAAUUCUUCCUGAAAACAGGUGCAUGUCGACAUGGUUACAGAUGUAUUGGAAAUCAUCCCACGCCCGGUGUGAGUAAGCUCAUCUUGAUUCCAAACUUCUUCAGUCAUCCAGCCCUAGAACAGAAAGUACAUGCGGAAUACGGUCAAGACGUUCGUCUUGAGUUUGAUGAAGAUGAGUUGAAGAAUUGUUUUAACGAUUUUUUCCGUGACAUAAUCGUGGAGUUUGAAGUAUUUGGCAAAAUCCAACACAUACUUGUCUGUAGAAAUUCUGGAACACACUUAAGAGGUAGCGUGUAUGUAGAGUAUGAAUUAUUGAGGAAUGCAGCUGCCGCAUAUUUGCGAAUGAAUGGAAGGUUUUACGCCAAAAAACAACUUCACGUGGAGUUCAGGAGUCCAAUCGUGUGGCCAGCAGCGGUGUGUGGACUUUUCGAGCUGAAACGAUGCCAAAAAGGAGCUGGAUGUAAUUUUCUGCACCUUUUCAAGAAUCCGGAUCAACAUUACGUGUACAACCAUUUCCAGGAGAGCCGAUCAAUGCGGAGGGAAGAAGUUGUACACCUGGCAACGCCGCUAGUUGAAAAGUCUUGGGAUGAAAUAACAUCCAAUGGUGGACAAUCUUCGCGGAAAGCCGCCCAAUGGCGGUGGUCCGAAUCACCAGAGAUGGAGGGUGAGCAAUCGGACCAUGAAACUAGGAAUCAGCAUGAUGGCGAAAGAAAAAGCAAGAAAUCCGCUCACCAAUCUUCAAGCCGCAGUUCAAAACGACAACAAAGUAGUAAAAGUCGUAGGCGCAGUAGUACGCCCAAACACAGUAGAAGCCGAACUCAGAGUCGUAGUCGAAGUCGAGCUGAGAGUCGUAAUCCAAGUCGAACUCGUAGUCGUAGUCGAAGUCGUAGUCGAAAGCAUAGUUUAAAGGAUAAACAAUUGAAAGAGCAUACCUCUAGGCAUAGAUAUACAGAAGACAAAACACACGAACGUUAUCGACAAAGCUCCCAACGACGUUCGGAUGACUACAGUCCUUCGCGAAAGAGAACCCAUAAAAAAAAUAAAACAUCAAAGGACUAGGAUAACACAUAUUCCACACUGAC